AUGGACGAGAAACUGCCCCUCCAUCUGGCCAACGCCGAUACGACGCGCAUUUCCUCAACCCUUCCGAAGCUCGGCUACAGCAUCGGGAAGCAGAGUCUGGUCCUAGCUGCGGCCUUCCUCCUCGGCUUGUAUUCUGCGGCAUAUAUCCCCAACAACGGUGCCAGUCCGAGUUGGUGGAGGCCAUCGCGGCCAAAUGCCGCCUCGAACAAGGAUUUCUUUCGGUCCGCGCAUGAAUGUCGUCCCCCCCUUCCCAACCUGCUCUCCGACCCUCUCCUUGCCGACCGCGUUGCAAGCGAGAUAUCGGACUACACUUCCUUGAUCCUAUCUCCGUAUCUCUCCCUUCAAGCAGAGCGACCCGACAUCGAUUCUCUCUCGUUCGCGCUGGCGGGUCCCUAUCACUCGUUCUUCGAGUUCACCUCUGGCUCUCUACAUGCAAAUGAGACCGAUCCUUCCAAAAAGGGCACGGUGACGAGGGACAGUAUCUAUAGGAUUGGGAGCAUAAGCAAGAUGUUUGCUGUGUUCCAUACCCUGGUUUUAAGGGAAAGAGGCUGGAUUAAUUGGGACGACCCCAUCGACAAGUACAUUGACGACAUUUCCUACCCAGACCCUCAGUACGGCUGGGCUGAACACAUAUCUGCCCCGUUUUCGUCUCUGCACGCUCGCAGCCCCACGAACAGGAUUACGGUUCGGCAGCUCGCGUCUCACAUGGCAGGCCUCGGCCGCGAUUUCCCUACGACCUCAUUUCCGUCGUGGCCGCCCCCUUCUUGGCCUAUCUCGGAUGACAACAUCACCAUGCCGGAAAUAAACCGAACGGCAAUCCUCAACGCGGUGGCGACGUACCCCAUCGCGAUCCAGCCCUACGCGUAUCCGAUGUACUCCAACACCGGGUUCGAUCUUCUUGGGAUGGUAAACGCCGGCGCCAGUCGCCUCGGCGAAGGACACAAGAAGGAGAAACUGUACCGCGAGCUGGCGAAGAAGGACGUCCUAGACGCCCUCGGCCUAAACGCGAGCUUCUUCGCGUUCCCGUAUGACGACCCCACCCUGGCGGCGCUCGUGGCGAUCCCCAAAGAUACGCCAGAGUGGGCCGAGCAGCCCCUCGGCACCGCGAUGGACUCCAGCGGCGGCCAAUACUCGUCCCUCCGAGACAUGAUCGUCACCGCACAGUCUCUGCUCGCGCCUUCCCACAACGCCGGUCUGCUCCCGGAGCACGUCGUGCGCGAGUGGCUUCGGCCGCUGCACGUCUGGAAUGACCGCAGCCAGGAGGUUGGCGCGCCGUGGGAGAUCCACAAGUUCGGCAAGGGCGACGCGGUCAGGGUGUACACGAAGGGCGGGUCGCUCCCGGGAUACCACACCCUUUUCGCGCUAAACCCGGAACAUUCCUAUACCAUGAUACUUCUCACCACGGGACCGUUUUCUGGCCCUCAUGACAUCGUGGACCCUGCUUUGGGACUGGUACAACCCGAAUUUGAACGCAUUCUCGCUCGCGAAGCCGGUCGCCUUUACGCUGGUGCUUGGCUUCCAUCGCCUUCUUCCGCCGAUCCCUUCCAGAACCACGUUGAGCUUACGAUCUGGGAUGGCACGCUAUGGGUGGAGAACCUCGUCGUCAACGGGACUGACAUCCUGGCUUUGUUCCAGGAUGUACCGAGCGGCAAGGCGAGGAGAGCACCUUUGUGGCCUACCGGAAGGGAGGGCGAGUUCAGGGUAUCCCUCAUAGUGCCGCCGCCGGGCUCGGACUGCCUCAUGUACUGGGUACGGCUCGACAUGGCCAAUGCCAAUGGCGCGCCGGUAGAUCUGAUCUAUUUCGAGGACGACACUCUGAAGUACCCGUCGGCAAACUUGACCCUAAGGAGAACACAAUGA